UCCGGUGAAUAUCUUCUUAGAGAGACAUUGGUCAAAUGGAUUAUAAAAGAUUGCCUUCUAUUUACUACUGUUGAGUCAGAAAGUUUUCAUAAAUUAUUUGAAGUAAUUAGAAAAUUAGAAG